AUGAAGUGCCAAAUCCCCAUCGAAGAAAGACACUUCAUCCAAAUGGCUCAGGCUGCCCUCAAAAUUUCUCUGAGGAAAAGAUUUGAUGGGAUGCUGUUUGGAGAUCUGGCAGAACUGGCAGAUAAAGCGGCCAAGUACGAGGAAUUGCUCAGAGAGGAACAGCAGAAGAGAAACUCUUCCAAAGGCACGUAUUAUAAAUCCCCUUCUUCCUCAAUACAUAUGAUUGAAGUGGAGUCAGAAGAAGAUGCGGAGGAAUCAGAGGAGAGAGAGGUUGCAGUUGCGGAAAUGGCAAAAUUAAAGCAUCCCAUCAGUUGUAAAACUCUUACAAAACCUCCAAGGGAUCAGAAGCCGCCACCAUUCACAGGAGGGUUUGUUCCAAACAAACCUGCAGAACAAAGUGUAUUCCUUCGAUCUGACCAAAGUAGAUGCCUUGUUUGA